UUUUCCAUAAACUUGGGUGGUAUUCUCCCAUUCUCAAAUUCUGUGCUGAGACCUCCAGCGCCAAAGUCGCCGGGAUGUCGCGAUUCUUCAUGAGCGACCCGGAUGAGCUACUGAUCGACGGCGUGAAUGGGGGGAGGCAGGCGGGUGUUUCAACGAGGGCGUCGAUAGUAGAGACUUUCAAGGGGUACGGGAUCGUGGCCGGGCUGCGGGUUGACUGGGAUGAUCUUCGGCGGCGGAUCUUGAUUCCCGGACGGCUGCGUGCGGCUAUGGUGGAGGCAAUGCGGAGCAAGGAUCCGGUGGCCAGCGCUAGGGCUGCUGCGGAGGCCGUGAAGGGGGUUUCUUCGUCUGGGAGCGGGUGGAUUGAUGUGUGCCCGGAAGCACCCAUCGUGGUAUUUGUUAACUCGCGUAGCGGAGGGCGGCUAGGGCCCAUUGUCAAAGGUCGCCUUCUUGAAUUGAUUGGGGAGGAUCAGGUUUUUGACCUUGCAGAGAUGAAGCCUUCUGAUUUUGUUCAAUAUGGUUUAGCCUGCUUGGAGAAAUUGGCUGAGCUUGAUUACUGUUGUGCGAGGUCCACUCGAGAAAAUAUGAGAGUUAUGGUUGCUGGUGGCGAUGGUACAGUAGGAUGGGUACUGGGAAGCCUUGGUGAGUUGUAUGCUCAGUGUAGAGAACCAAUCCCCCCGAUUGGAAUCAUUCCACUUGGUACUGGCAAUGAUCUUUCCAGAUGCUUUGGUUGGGGUGGAUCAUUUCCUUUUGCAUGGAAGUCUUCAGUGAAACGCUGUCUCUUUAGGGCUGCCACAGGCUCAAUAUCUCAUCUCGAUAGUUGGCACGUUGUUGUCUCUUUGCUGGAUGGAGAAGUAACUGAUAUUCCACAUUCUCUCAGGCACACGGGGGAACACAUUUUUACUCAGGAAUGGGUUGAUGAGGGAGCGUGGCCUGCUAAAAUUAUUUGCCUUGAAGGAGUCUUCUUUAAUUACUUCAGCAUAGGAAUGGAUGCUCAAAUUGCCUAUGGUUUUCAUCAUUUUCGAGAAGAAAAACCACACCUUGCACAAGGUCCCAUUUCUAAUAAGUUGAUCUACACCGGAUACAGCUGUGCUCAAGGAUGGUUUCUUGCACCUUGUAUGGGUGACCCAACCUUAAGGGGGCUGAAUAACAUUCUGAGACUUCACAUAAAAAAGAUCAAUAGCUCUGACUGGGAAUAUAUUUGUGUUCCAUCAAGCGUUAGAGCAAUAGUAGCUCUAAACCUCCACACAUACGGAAGUGGAAGGAAUCCAUGGGGUACUCCAAAACCUGAGUACCUUGCGAAG